AUGGCAGUGGCACAGCGACAUAAAUCAUUUCCACUCAUCACUCCGACAAACAACCGUUAUUUGGCUUUCAAGUGGGACAGCCACAAAUACGAUGUCCACAGGAAUAGAAUCGCCAAUAUUCGAUCGACUGUCGAUACCAGACCGCCAGUAACUGCAAGAACUAUUCCUCCAACAGCUCCUUCUCGAAAAAGUCGAAUUUCUCGCGAGCGAAAUUCUCAGAUCGAGAACGAAAACGUCAAACUUCUGAAGAAAAUGGUGCGCAUCAACGAGACAGGAGGACGCGUGGACAAUCGCAAUCAGAAUCAGUUCUCACGGAGCUUGAACUCGUGGAAACGCAAACAGGAACUUGAUAGAAUCGAAAGAGAAAAUAUCUCUAUUCUCAAAAGAAUCGCCUUACGGGAGCCAGAAUACGAUCAACGAUUGUUCGAAGAAGAUUGGCUUGUUCAUGACCAACUUUCUGCAGCUGUAGCGAGGUACCCGAGAAGAUGGUGGGAGUUCCCGAAAAAAUCUGCACCUGAUCUUGAUCGUCCAAACACAGGAAGCCAUACAUACAUGCGUCGACGAAGAAGCCAGUCAACUUCCAGCUCCCGUCCGAACACAUCCGCCAAAUCCCGUUGA